CUGCAGUAUUAACUGCGAAGCUGCGAUUGAGAAUGUCCAAGCUGGCCUCAAUUAUCCGACAUGAGAACGAAAGUGUAAAUAAAUUCAUCCGCACCACGUCGCAUUACCGUCAACGCGUUAUCCCACCUCUACGCUCCUUUUCCUUCCAACCCCAGUGAAAAAUCAGGAAUAAAGCACUUCGUCGCAAACGUACAAAGUAUGUCCUCUGAAACGCCGAGUAGAUAAUACCAAGCGCAUAACUCACGAUGAUUUCCGACGACGAUCUGUACACCCUCGCCCUCUUCCUCGGUUCGAUAGCCGUGGUUCUCAUCGUUGUGUACCAUUUCUUUGAGAUCAAUUCAGUUGAGGAUGAAGCGCCGAUUACCGAGAAGGGUGCAAAAUCUCUCAGCGUAUCGAAGUGAGAGCACUGCCGAACCAACCUAAGGAUUUAUGGAUAUUUCCUAGUCUUCAUCAUACACAAGAUGAGGGAAGCUAUCUUGAUAAUUGGUGGUGAACCUACGUAUGACUUGGAAGGGCACUCAGGUACAUGUCAAAUACCUGGGUUAUUUAAGACUCGACUAUUAUAUGACAAUGCUUCUGAUCAAAUGCGAAGACAAUCUAUUCGAUCAGUUCGGACUUGGCAUUCAUGAUUCCGGGGGAUUUCAACAGAUGGACCAGUACAAGUUGCGUCAACAGACUUUCUGUGCUGUAUCACUGGCUUAUGUGCAUAGCCCAAUUCAUGGAUGGUCAUAUAUGAAUCAAGCUUAGCAAAGUUGAUUUGUAAGUCAAACAAAACAAACCCAUUAAUCGAUUUCGGGCUUCAACCCAAGAAUGG